UAAAAUACCCUUCGUUGAAAUGGCAGUUCAGGCAAAUGUGCAAACACAGCCGUCUUCUUCUACUUCUACUGUUUCCACUUCUAAAGAGAAGCAAUUUCAUUCUGUAGAGGAAUACCGGAAAGCUCUUGAAAAGUUUGAAGCUCCAAAUGUGGGAGGAGAAAUAAAUUCCACAGCAUCUGAAGAGAUUAGUCGUUCCAGGGACCCACUCAUCGAUGAAUUUUUCGAACUUAUUGCCAACACUGGCCGACCUCACCUUCCUUGGGAAUUAAUUCAAAAGGCAUUUAUAUGGAAAUUACAGGCUGUUAUGGAUGGAAUGCAUAUAAUUGAGGCUGGACAGCAAAAAGAUGAUCAUAAGAAGGAAGAAUUGAUUAAUGAUAAAGAAAUUGGUGAUUUAAAGCAUUUUAUCAUGGAUAAAGCUAAAGAGUUUGAUGGCACGCCGUUUACUAUACAAAGAUUAUGUGAGCUUUUAAUUGAACCAAAUAAGCAUUACAAUCGAACGGGGGUGUUUUUGCGGGCUUUGGAGAAGAAUAUUAAUGUGAUGACUACAAUUACAGAGGACGGUCUGAGGAUUACUGGAGUAGAAGAUGAAACAGCAAUUGGUAUGGAAGAUGAUGUUUCAGUACCUGUUGAGUGUAAUUUUAUUGUUAGUGUUGAUGAGAUAGAUGAACCAUUAACAAAAAAGAUAGCAAAACAAUCUCACAAUGGCACAAAAGUAGAAAGUGGUGUUACAAUAAAUAAACCUAUUUCGACUAAUAUUCAGAAUCAAAAUAAUGGGGAAGAUGAAGAACAGUCUUCAAUUGUUGGAACAUCAAAUAUAAAAGAAGAGACUACGACAACUUUCGACAAUGAAGAUAAAGAAAAGGAAUAUGAAAGGAAAGUUGAAAUAAAAUUGGAUGGAGAUAAUAAUACUUAA